AUGGGGAGAACUCCAUGCUGCAAUGUGGAUGGUUUGAAGAAAGGAGCGUGGACCAGUGAGGAGGACCAGAAGCUUAUCGCCUACAUUCAAGAGCACGGCGAGGGAGGAUGGCGGACUCUCCCUCAGAAAGCAGGGCUCCAGAGGUGCGGGAAGAGUUGCAGGCUGAGAUGGGCCAACUACCUGAGGCCGGACAUCAAAAGAGGGGAAUUCAGCCCGGAGGAAGAAGACAGGAUCAUUGAGCUGCAUGCCUCCCUUGGCAACAGGUGGUCCGCCAUUGCCAGACAUCUUCCCAGGCGAACUGACAACGAGAUCAAGAAUUAUUGGAACACGCAUCUCAAGAAGCGGCUCUUGGAAAAGGGCAUCCAUCCAACCACCCACAAGCCCAUCAGCCCCACCGCGGGGUCCUCCUCCUCCUCUGACGACGCCGUUCCGUCCCUCUCCGGCAACAACACUCCAACCGCCCCACCCACACCUGCUGCUGCUGCUGCUGGACAAGAACAACCGCAACUUGUUCCUGCUCAAGCCCACGUGUCCUCCUCCUUUCCCGCUUCGGCUUCGGCUUCGGCUCAGCUCCUCAACAAGCUAGCGGCCAAACUCGCUCCUCCUCCUCCUCACGCAUCAAGCCGCUUCAGCGCCGAACAGGACGAAGAAAUAGAAGAGGGAGCAAACGGCGUCGUGGAAGACGACGCUCCCACUAAGACGCGACGUCGCCCCGCGUCAUCCAGCUCAUCGGCGAAGCUGCUCAACAAGAUGGCCAGCCGGCUCGCCCACCCUUUGCACUGCCUCAACGCCCUCAAGUCCAUCCUCUCGGCCUCCGCCGCCGCCAGCGACCGUACCAAUCUCAUGAUGCACCGAAGUGCCUCCGCGUCCAGCCUGUCGGAGAGCACCGCGGCCACCACGUCCAUCUCAACGUCCAACAACGACCUCCCGGCGCAAACGGCGUCGUCUAACCCUGACCAGCUGGCCUUCAUCGAGUCCUUGGAUCAGUACGACCCUCUAAUAAUGGACUUCCUGGCCGACAGCAUUACCAGCAAAGAGAAACAAGACCAGCCUUAUCAUUAUUACGAGGAAGAUUCUUCGUUGAUCCCAUCCCUUUAUGGCUCCCACGCUCUGCAUUCCCCUGCCUAUUUCCACGACGCGUUCCGAGCACCGGCGGAGGAUGAGCACAACUUCAUGGAUUUCGAUGGUCCCUCGACGUCGGCCAGUAGGAACAACGAUCCGGCGGAUGAUCCUCAUUGCGGCGGUUACGUAGUCGACAACCACGUGGCUGAUGAUGAUGCGUACGGCCAUCAUCAGUUUGAAUAUCAGCAUGGAGCUGGAGGAUUAUUGGACGGUGAUGAUGAGCAUGGCAGGACUCUCUUCAAUAAUUACGGUGAUUUCCGUAUCGACGCGGCUUCCUUUUUUUGA